UAGUUUAGUUUGUUUUAAUCAAUGAAACCAAUUUUGGUUCCGUAUUUAUAAAUAUAUAAAUAUAUAUAUACCAACCAAAACCCUAAAUUUGCAACGUUGCCGCAGUCUAGAUAAAAAAAAUGAACUUUACCAUAGUCGAUAACUUCUCUACAGUUUUUCCCCAUGACAACAAAAUAUUGUCAAUUAAUUUUAAAUUUUAAAUGUUAAAGAUGCUUUCAUAUUUUCAAGCAUUAAUAGUAUUUUCAAUCUUUGAAUUGAGCCUCAAGGCUCAAGAAAUUUUCGUCAAAGAUGACUACUGCAGCUUAAACUGUUCGGCUAAGGGAAAUCCAGAUGUACCGAAUUAUCUUUGCAAUAAUCGAUGUCGUCCUGAUUACUACUGUCAUAUGGAAAAACUGGACGCGGGUAGGCGUCAAGUGGUCGUGGACGCCAUGAACUUCUUCAGAAAUUCAAGAGCUGAAGAGGAUUAUUUGCCCGACAUUACUGCCGUCAACUACGACUUAAAGCUGGAGUAUUUGGCGCAGUGUAUUAACAACCAGGUUGCAGGCACUGGGGACAUAUGUACGCGAUUACCCUAUUGGCCGCAGCCAAUCGUAAAAGAUAUAUAUUUCAAAAACCUAACUUACUACAAUUCAAAGGUAUUUUUAGAUAUUUUUGAUCAGAUAGAAAUAGAAAAAAGAAUGGAAUACGAAUGCGAUAUGCAGGGUGAGAGAUGCGAUAUCAUGAAAAAAAAUAACAAUAAAAUCGGUUGUUCAUUCAACACUCGGAAGUAUACUGCAUCUCGCAAGGUGGAGUAUUAUCUUAUGUGCGUACUUCCAGAACCCAUACUUCCCGAUGACCUCUGGAAUGAUGGGCCGCCGGCCUCAAAGUGCUCCGCAGGGGAACCACCCAACGAUGAAUAUCCGAACUUGUGCGGAAAAUCCUUCCCUGCACCGCGCGUGUCAUCUUACAUUGCGAUCUGGCCCGAAGGAGGCCAAUCGGAAGAAGAUUACUUGGCAUCAAAGGAUGUUGCGGAUGAAGUAUUUGUGGAAGAAGUAGAAGAAGAAUUUAUUCCUGGAUUUACAAAUAAAUCCAAAACCCCCAAAAACAGCACAUCAGCCAGUACUCGUUCAGAACACUGUUUGUUAUUGAGUAUUUAUAUAUCGUCGAAAAGCUUCUUUUUCUCAAUGUACAUGUUUUUAUCACUGACUGUAUAUUAUAUUAAUUUUGGCCACAAAAACACAAAUAAUUAA